AUGAACAAUGUCAAGUCCUUUUGGCUAGGUUGGGGUGCCCUUGUCGUCGCCGGAGGAGGAGCCUACGUGUUCGCCAAGAGGCAGAUCAAUGCCGACCGACAGGCCAAAGCGAUGGAGCAGCGGCGCAAGAAGGCCAUGAUCGAGUCCCUUGAAUACUCAGACAACGUGCCCAACCGUCCGUUGUCCUCGGCUGCCAUGGGCGGCUCUGCAAUGGGCGGCUCAACGUUGGGAGGGUCCAAUAUGAACGGCGGGCCAGCGCGCACCGAUACCGCCGGCUCUCCUAGUCAAGAGUCCAGCUCGGAUCCGGCACCGACACGACACGCGCCCGCGACAGAAGGCCAGAGAGUAUGGGAGAAGAGCAAGUACGAGAGUAGCACGCCGUUCAGGAGCACCAAGGGCGAUCGGUUCUCUUGA